AGUCAGACUUUUGUCUGCCGGCAUUUUCUUUUUAAUUUCUCACUGCCGACCACAGCUCCCGCACUCAUCUCCUGUGUUGUUUGUCGGCUACAAGGACUCAAACGAAGCCCGUUUUGCCCUCGGUGUUCUGCUACACUAUGCCUGGCUUUUCAGACAGGGAUCGUGGCAGAGAUAGAGGGUAUGGUGGAGGACCCCCUCGUUUUGGUGGUGGUGGUGGUGGUGGAGGCAGCAGGGGUGGACCUCCUGCAGGAAAGUUUGGCAACCCUGGUGAGAGGCUGCGAAAGAAGCAUUGGAACCUUGAUGAACUUCCAAAGUUUCAGAAGAAUUUCUACCAGGAACACCCAGAUGUCACCCACAGACCAGUUCAAGAAGUUGAGCAGUACCGCAGAAACAAAGAAGUUACAGUCAAAGGGAGAGAUUGCCCCAAACCAAUGGUUAAAUUCCAUGAAGCAUCAUUUCCAAGCUAUGUCAUGGAUGUAAUUGGAAAACAAAACUGGACCGAACCAACUCCGAUUCAGUCUCAGGGGUGGCCAGUUGCCCUCAGUGGCAAAGAUAUGGUUGGCAUUGCUCAAACUGGGUCUGGGAAAACUCUUGCAUACCUUCUGCCUGCAAUUGUACACAUCCAACAUCAGCCAUUCUUGGAGCAUGGAGAUGGACCAAUUUGCUUAGUGCUGGCACCAACCCGUGAGCUGGCUCAGCAGGUGCAGCAAGUGGCAGCUGAGUAUGGCAGGGCCUCCCGUCUUAAGAGCACCUGCAUCUAUGGUGGUGCACCCAAAGGACCACAGAUCAGGGACCUUGAGAGGGGUGUUGAGAUUUGCAUUGCUACUCCUGGUCGUCUCAUUGACUUCCUGGAGUGUGGUAAGACUAAUUUGCGUCGUUGCACCUAUCUGGUGUUGGAUGAAGCUGACCGCAUGCUGGACAUGGGAUUUGAACCUCAAAUCCGCAAGAUAGUUGAACAAAUCAGGCCAGACCGCCAGACUCUGAUGUGGAGCGCCACCUGGCCUAAGGAAGUUCGGCAGCUGGCUGAGGACUUCCUGAAGGACUAUGUCCAGAUCAACAUUGGAGCACUGCAGCUCAGUGCCAAUCACAACAUCCUGCAGAUAGUUGAUGUUUGCAAUGACAUGGAGAAGGAGGACAAACUGAUCCGUUUGCUGGAGGAGAUAAUGAGUGAAAAGGAGAACAAGACCAUUAUUUUUGUGGAGACGAAAAGGCGUUGUGAUGAACUCACUAGGAGGAUGAGAAGAGAUGGGUGGCCAGCAAUGGGAAUUCAUGGAGACAAGAGCCAGCAGGAGAGGGACUGGGUCCUUAAUGAGUUCAGAUAUGGCAAAGCUCCAAUCCUCAUUGCUACAGAUGUGGCCUCCCGGGGUUUAGAUGUGGAGGAUGUGAAAUUUGUCAUCAAUUAUGACUACCCUAACUCCUCCGAGGAUUAUAUCCACCGCAUUGGACGCACUGCCCGAAGUCAAAAAACGGGCACAGCCUACACCUUCUUCACCCCCAACAACAUGAAACAAGCCAGUGACCUGAUCUCUGUGCUCCGCGAGGCUAACCAGGCCAUAAACCCCAAGCUGAUCCAGAUGGCAGAGGACAGAGGAGGUCGCGGAAGGGGGGGAAGAGGUGGCUACAAGGAUGACCGCCGCGAUAGGUAUUCUGGGGGUGGGAGGAGCAACUUUGGUGGUAGUAGCUACAGGGAUAGGGACAGUGAUAGAGGGUUCGGCAAUGGGCCGAAACCUGCCUUUGGUGGCAGUAAGGCCCAAAAUGGUGGCAGCUAUGGAGGCAACAGUGGUAACUCUGGUGGCAGCUAUGGCAAUAGCAAUUAUAGCAACAGCAACGGACAGGGUAAUUUCGGUGCUCCGGCAAAUCAGGUGGGUGCCUUUGGUAACCAAAGCUUUCAGGGCCCCCCUCAGUUCGGGGCCAUGCAGAGGGCCGCUCAGAAUGGCAUGAACCACCCGCCAUUCGCAUUCAACUCUCAGCAACCACCACCACAGGCUCAACAGCCUCCACCCCCUCCACCAAUGGGGCCCUACCCCAUGCCACCACCUUUCCCACAGUAGAAAUAACGUACGCACAGUAUAUGGGAACCAAUGUGAUUUUUGUUCAGUCUUGAAUCUUACGGUAUGAUGAUGAUUAUUAUUAUUAUUAUUAUUAUUAUUAUUAUUGUUAUUAAUAUACUUUAAAAUGUUUAACUUGGUUUUGCUUACAGCAGGGUUGGAAUUAUUCAGUAAACCCAGAGCAUUAAAAGGAGUCAUAAAGUCUUCUCCUAUUGUGCACCUAUGAUUGCUGCACUUUUCCUUGACUGUUUUUGUUACAUUCCUCAGUAAUUUAUUUUUACUAGGUAAUGCAGUGUAUUCAGUUUUGUUAUGUUUAAAGUGAUGUUAAUGAAGAACAUUAAAAAGGGUGUGUGUGUGGCCCAUGAAAAAAUGGAAA